AUGGCCAAAGCCGCCGCCGACAGCAACGCAGGCCAGAAGACAAUUCCAGCCGACUGCGUCUCCGUCCUGCUCAUGGCCCUCGACAAAACUACCAUCACCAAGGCGCAGUACGAGCUGAUGAGCGCCCUCGACGGCAACCGCACCGCUUCCAGCUUCGAGCAUCAGUUCCGCAGCAUCACCGCCAAAGCCAAGGAGUUGAGGUCGCGUGUCGACAACGGCGAGAAGUUCGAGGCUGUUGCGCCGGCUAAUAAGCGUGCGGCUGGAAGUGCGACUGCUUCGCCUGCGACUCCGAGGAAGCGAAAGGGUGCAGGUGAUGACAAUGGCACUCCGGUCAAGAAGCGCGCAUCCCCGAAAAAGAAGAUGGCCAGCGAGGAGCUCAGCAACGACUUGGGUGACAGCGGUCUCGAUCUUCCCGUCGACAUGGACCAGUUCAUCAAAAACGAAGCAGGAUACGAGAUUUGA